CAUCAUCUUUUAAAAACAUUGAUGAUCAACAAUCAUCAUCAUCUCCUGAAAACAUUGAUGAUCAACAACCAUCAUCAAUACCAAAUUUAACUAACACUGGUUCAUCUUUUUUAAUUAGUCCAUUCAAAACAACCUUGAAAUUUGAACUAGAAACACUUCAGUUACAUUUAAAAUGUCUGUUUUUUCGUACAAGAGUUAUAAAUAAGCAGAUCAUAGAUGCAUUGGUAAGAACUUUGUUCUCAAAUAUUCAAUCUAUCAGAGCAUCAAAUCGAACAGCAUUGCAAAUAUAG